GCGAUUGACGUACAGCUGCGGUGCGUAGAAAAGAAGCGGUGGUUUGUUGUGGGCUGUUCUGUAUCCCGUGGUUUGGUGAUAAUGACGGCGUUUCUGGUAAAAUCGCGGAUGUUGGUGACGGAAAAUCGGAAAACAACAAUCAACUGAUUGUCUACUGUGUGUCGCAUCAGAGCAGGCGGAAAGCAAAUGCACCAAAAGUAUCGAAGUGGUUUGGCAGAAAAAAAACGAUCGAACGGCGCUAGACGUUGACGGUGGUUGUGUGGUUCGACGGGGCCGGUCCUUGGGACGACCACGCGGUUAGAAACGCGAAGUGAAAACGCAGGCAAACUACUGCGACGGAGUGCAGUGUGAAAGAAGUACAAACCUUCGCCUCCUUGGACCGACGGCGGGGAAGCGCGACUGCAGCGCGGGGUUACUGAAGGUUGACGGAGCGCGCCGUGACAGCGCACGACGGACCAGCGCUGGCAUAACAUUGUGCAUGGGUUACGUAGUGAUUUCGCCGUGAUUCGAAAAGCUUCCAGAACCUAUCACCUUUCGACGACGGCCCGUGGCCACUCCGACACAUCAUCAUGGGUGGACUACUGGCGCUCGGGUCCAUCAUGUCCAUGAUAACGCUCACACCGUUCUUCGUUUUCCUGUUUUCCAUCGUGUUUAUGGCAUCGAUCGGAAAAUCGUUCGGUGUGCGGCGGCUGUACGUGAAUCUGUUGGUGAAAAUCUUCGAGUUCGGGCGACAAAAUAUCGAAUCGGUGCGGCAACAACAGUACGCCAACAUAACGAAAUCGGUCGCGGAAGUAGAACAAGCCCGGGCCGCAAGCGAAUCCGGCAACCAAACGACAGAAAGUAACGACAUCGGUGAUGGCAGUGAAACGAAGGUGAACGGAAGCAUCCCCAACGGGAACAGCACGACCGGCGGCCAACACCGGCUGUCGAACGGUGGCGACGCGUCAUACAUCGUGAACGGCGGUAACACGGUCAUUAGCCGGGCGGAGUCGCUGAUUCUGUCGCCGGAAGUGAUCGACGAUACGCGCAGCAAAAGCACGGAACCGCACGAGGAAGACGGCGGCACGGUGGGAGAGGAGGGCACGGACGGUGAAGACGGAGCGGGGACGGACGGUGGAUCGGAAGGCGGUGAGCAUGAGGCGGCCGGUUUCAAGUUGGCCAACUGCCUCGACUACGUCAAGUCCGGCAUGGAGGCGAUCAUCGAGGACGAGGUGACCAGCCGGUUUCUGGCGGAGGAGUUGAAAAAUUGGAACCUGCUGACGAGAACGAACCGACACUACGAGUUCAUCAGCUGGCGGCUGACGGUGAUCUGGAUGAUCGGCUUCCUCAUACGCUACUUCAUCCUGAUGCCGAUGCGUGUACUCAUCUGCUUCAUCGGGGUGGUCUACUGCGUGAUUGGCUUUGCUUUCGUCGGCAUGAUCCCGACCUACCGACUGCGCCGUGCGAUGAACGAUGUGGUGUUCAAGCACACCUUCCGCAUGAUCACGCGCUCGAUCUCCGGCGUUGUCCGGUUCCACCAUCCGGAGUACAAGCCGAAAAACUGCGGAUUCUGCGUCGCGAACCACACGACCCCGAUCGACAUUGCGAUCCUGUCGACCGACUGUACCUACUCGCUGGUCAUGUGGUUAACGUUCUGCACCGCCGUGGUAGGCUGCAUACCGGAGGGUUCCUUCAAGCGUACCAUGGUCCGGAGCGUGCUGAUUCAGUGUUUCGGCUUUCUGUCGAGUGCAUUAUCAUCCGUGGUCAAUUAUCAUAACAUAGAAAAUCGCCCAUUGAAUGGCAUCUGCGUCGCCAACCAUACCAGUCCGAUCGAUGUGUUAAUGUUAAUGUGUGACAAUUGUUACUCGCUGAUUGGACAGCGACAUGGCGGAUUUCUGGGAGUGCUCCAGCGAGCGCUGGCCCGAGCAUCACCGCACAUAUGGUUCGAGCGAGCCGAAGCGAAGGAUCGUUUGUUUGUGGCGAAAAGGCUUAAGGAGCACGUGUCGGAUCCAGUCAAUCCACCGAUCCUUAUCUUCCCGGAGGGAACCUGCAUUAACAAUACCUCCGUGAUGCAGUUCAAGAAGGGUAGCUUCGAGGUAGGCGGUGUCAUCUAUCCAGUGGCCAUCAAGUACGAUCCACGCUUUGGUGAUGCCUUCUGGAACAGUUCACGGUACUCGAUGAUGCAGUACCUCUUCCUAAUGAUGACGUCGUGGGCGAUCGUCUGUGAUGUCUGGUAUCUGCCACCGAUGUACCGCGGCGAGGGCGAGUCGGCGAUCGACUUCGCCAACCGGGUGAAGAGCGUCAUCGCCAAGCAGGGCGGUCUGGUCGAUCUCGUCUGGGAUGGGCAGCUGAAGCGCAUGAAGCCAAAGAAGGAGUGGAAGGAAAAGCAGCAGGAAAAGUUCAGCAAGCUGCUGAAGGGCGAAUGACAGGCGGCCUAGCGGUCGUCGCCGUGCCGGCACCACCGAGCGUCCUCGGCAACAACCGCCGGACCGAAGGCGAUCGAGCCGGGAACGAUCACGGCAGAGAAUCAAACGGAGGCAGCCCCACAGUAACCAACGACAAAAGAAAAAACUCGACGAACUCAUGCAUCCUCCAAGGAACCAUCGAACAGCAUACAAACCCCCCCAUUUAUCCACAACGGUCAACACCGAUCAAAUGCCAAUCGACAGUGCUCUUAUACCUUUCGCUUCGACGUUUAGUGUAUUUUGUUCGUGAACUAAAAUUGUUCUAUCCCUUCUUUGCAUUUAUGUUGUUAACAGAACACGUUUUGUACUGUUUCCAUCUUCCGCCCGAUUCGGUUUGCUCUGUUUAGGAAUAGUAUAAAACAUCCGGAUAUACUUACGGUUUAUAGAACCGAACCUCGUGCGCUAACAAAAUGUGUUUGUUUUGGUUUUUCGUAUACGAUUUGCAUUAACACAUCUUCUAUCGCUUGAUUGAUAUUCUUUUACACUUUUUUGUCAAAUCUUUUCCAAAUUUCUGGUUCUGGCAAAGUUGUGUUACUUGUGAUUAAACGUUUUCGCUUAUGAUAAAGAAUUCCCAAAACGGUUUGCAUUACUAACCCUUACAUUUUUCUUGUAUAUUCCUCCCAAUGGGAAGGUUCCAUUUGUUAGUAUGGCGCUUUAAACUAUCGUCGUUCAUGUUUCUUGUUAUUUACAUCAUUCUUUUUCGAGUCUGCUAGCUCAUGGCCUCUGAAGCCAUCUAUAAAUGUUGUAUACCUUUUAAAGCAAACUUGUAACAAUGGGCAAACCAGCUUUAUCUUGGAAAAGAUAGAAUCGCUAGGGCAGCUACUACCAUAAAUGAGUAUAUCCACAGUAUCGUUGGUAUCGUAUCGUUAACGCUACCUUAAAAGCAUUGCGUUGCAUUGAAAAAGGAAAAGAAGGGGAAGGGAUAGUGAAGGUACGGUAGGGUAAGUCGUUUAUCGUGUAUCAUAAGACUGAAAGAAAAAAAAAAGAAUAGUAUGGUGAUGCAGGCAGGACGCGUGAUAGGAAUGGCUAACGCAGACAAACAAUCUGUUAGCGCAUUGUACAUAUUGAGAGAAAGACGAUUUUCUUCGACGAAUGGUCCAAACAGCAGCGAUUAGCGGUGGAAUGUUUGAGCAUAUUUAUACGGAACCAUAUGGCGCAAGUAGGUGAGUGAUCAAUGAUAUGUGCGUAUGUCAAUCACGGGAAGCAUAUAAAAAGGAAACGUUGGCAGGGACAGUGAGAUUACUUAAGAUCGACCAAAACCAAGUGUACGAGCCGUAGGAGGAAACAACCAAGAAACCGAUACUCGAGUAACACGAGUUACACGAAAUUAUUGUUACUAAUCAAAUAUGCAGUCCUUAAAGAAAACAAAACAAGCAUAUGAUACCAAUCAUAAGACCAUUCAUUAGGUCUAACCAAAAUAGAUGCUAUUUGAACACUA